UCGUCCGCUCCAAAACCUCUCCCCUUUUAUUCUCUAUAUAUCAAAACCCUACCGUAGAGGAAAAUCAAUUUUCCCCAAAAAAUGGAUUCCUUCCUCACCCCUCUCCUCCUAACUUUAGCUUUGACCCUAACCUUAUUCAUUUCCCUUUCCUCCUCUUCAGAUCCAUCUGAUCUCUUAUCGGAGCUCCGAUCUCUCCGUUCUCAGUCGGAUUCGGGCGUGAUCCAUCUCAACGAUCAAUCCAUCGCCCGAUUCAUCCUUAACUCUCCAUCUCCUCGCCCUUACUCUCUCAUCAUCUUCUUCGACGCUGCUCAGCUCCGAUCUAAGCCCGAGCUCCAUCUCCCCCAUCUCCGAUCCGAAUUCGCCCUAGUUUCCGUCUCCUACUUAGCUUACAAUGUUGAGUCCGGAUCCGGAUCGGGACCCGAUAAGGUCUUCUUCUGCGACCUCGAGUUUGGCGAGUCCCAGCACAGCUUCUCCCUCUUUGGCGUCAGCUCCCUCCCUCACAUCCGCCACGUGGGCCCCGCCACGAAAUCCCCAAGGAAUCGAGGCCAUGACCAGUCGGAUUUCGCCGGACUCGCUGAGUCCAUGUUCGGCCUUCGUUGAGACAAGACCCGCGUCUCUGUGGGCCCCAUUGUCCGCCCGGCCCGAUCUCGACCAAGCAAUCGUAUUCCUGCUGAUCGCUUCUUGAUCUCAGCGCCGUUUCUGAUCAAGAGGGUGCUCGCUGGUGACACGAUGGUCCACGAUCCUAAGCUGUGGAUGAGCUUAGCAGUGUUUGUGUACUUCUUUAGCGUUUCGGGGGCGAUGCACAAUAUAAUUAGGAAGAUGCCCAUGUUUAUGGGUGAUAGGAACGAGCCGGGGAAAAUGGUCUACUUCUACCAGGGGUCGGGGAUGCAAUUAGGAGCUGAGGGGUUUGCUAUCGGAUUCUUGUACUCCGUCGUUGGGAUGAUUCUGGCGUUCGUUACGCAUGUUUUGGUGAGGGUAAAGAAUGUUGGGGUGCAGAGAGGGGUUAUGUUUGUGGCCAUGGUGGUGGCUUAUUGGGCAGUGAGGAAGGUGAUUUAUCUGGAUAAUUGGAAGACUGGCUAUAGUAUUCAUGCGUUCUUGCCUUCGGGUUGGUAGGGACUGAAGUUAUGGAGUUCGGCGAGGAAAUAAGAAUAUGCGCCCAGCCCAGUAUUCACUGCCUUUCUAAGAUUAAGGGAACCCUAUUUUUGGUGAGACUACGUUUGGGGGAUCGUAAUUCAAUUGGGACAAACAUGUUUGGACUUUAUUACCUCGCAGCAUACAGAUGAAAUCUUAAUUACUACCCAUAUUUGAGGAAAUAACUUCAGAAAUACAAUUAUGAUAAUAUUAUUUGUCACCUAUUUCUCUAGGUUACUGGUUUGGUUAGCCCCUUUCCCUCAUAAACUCUCUAUGUUAAACUUAUAUAGACAAUUUUUGUGAUGCAUUCUAGUUUCAUAUUUAGUCUA